GUUCAGAUAAAAAUCCUACGCAUACAGAAUUCGAUGUUUGCCACUAUUAUUUUGAAUUUUCCAUAACCUUAAAUUUAAAUUUUCCGGACAAAGUGAUCAAUCAUUCAUUAAAAAAAAGAAAUGAAUGUAAACCAUUGUACAUUGAACAGUAAUCAAUCAACUGACGAACUAAUCAAAGACUCGAAUAAUCAUAAUCUUAGAAUGGAAUCAACAACCGACACUGAUAUUCAUCCAGUUAAUUAUUCAAAUUAUCAUUUAGAUUCAAUGAAUUUCUUAAAUUUAAAUGAAACUACAUCAUGGUGUUCAAAUUCAGUAUUACCAGUGUUAUCGACGACAACAUCAUCAUCGACAACGACGCCAACAACAAUAAUAACAACACUUUCAAGUAAUAUUAUAAAUCUUGAUAAACGAUCACAGAAUAAUACAACACCUUCUUCACCUUUAUGGUAUAAUAAUAAUUCAUCAAUGAAUGAAUUAUGGUCUAAUUUUGGAGAGUAUGGAGAUCCAGUUAUUAAAGUGAAUUCACAGUAUGAUCUAUGCAAUCCUCAGCAUCAUCCUUCACAUCUACGUCAUGAUGAACAUCAAAGUCAACAAUACCAACAACAGGAUGGUAUUCAGUUGGCACAGAAGUCAACACUAGACAGAUCCAAUGAUUUCCUACAAUCCAUUGAAAAUCCUUCGCUUAGUUUAAUUCAAACACUAUCACCAUUAUCCUUAUCAACAACAAUCACAUCGAAAGUGACAUUAAAUAGUGGUGAUCACAAUGAUUUGAGUAAGGGGAAUCAACAGGAUGAUCAAUACUCUACUACUACUACUACUAAUCAUCAUCAGUUAAGUAGUAUGAGUAGCCAGUUGACUUCAGACGGUGGAAUAUUUCAUCAGUAUGGGAACAAUACAACUAGUAAUAGUAAUAAUAAUAAUAAUAGUAACAGUGAUAAAUCAUUCCAAGGUCAUGAAUCUACAAUGUCAUUUCACGAAAAUUUAGCCUUCCUACAAACCAGUCCAACGAAGUUUUUAAAUAACCAUCAUCAUCAUAAUCAUCAGUUGCCUGUAGAACAGGUGGAUUCAGAGUUAAAUCAAUAUAAUCAUCAUCAUCACCAUCAUCCAUCCAUACCUUCACAGUACUUGCAUUCACCAUCAUCUCAUCCUAUUCCACAGUCAUUGCUCCCUCCUCAGCCUCAGCCUCCACCGCCUGCAGGUCCACCUCCUUCACAUCACCAUCAACAACCUCAUCACCAUCAUCAGCAUUCGGAUGAACAAUUACAGUCUCAAUUACAACAAAACCAUCGAAUUCUUUCCUCUAAUCAAAGCGAUAUCAGUUUUAGACAGUUGACUACAUCAAAAGGUUCAUCUGUCCCAUUGCCUGUCCCAGCUAUGGUAUAUCAACAUCAACAACAAUUACAACAAAUUAAUAAUCAUUCAAAUUUCCUACAGAAUUCAAAUAGUCAGUCAUCAAAACAAUCAUGUCAUGCUAAACCGCCAUACUCAUAUAUCAGUUUAAUUACUAUGGCAAUACAAAACUCUUCAACACGUAUGUGUACCUUGUCAGAAAUUUAUCAAUUUAUCAUUGAUUUAUUUCCAUAUUAUCGUCAACAUCAACAGAGAUGGCAAAACUCGAUUAGACAUUCCCUGUCAUUUAAUGAUUGUUUUGUUAAAGUGUCUAGGAGUCCAGAUAAGCCAGGUAAAGGCUCCUAUUGGACAUUACAUCCAGAUUCUGGAAAUAUGUUUGAAAAUGGUUGUUAUUUAAGACGACAAAAACGUUUCAAAGAUCCUAAACGUGAAGUAAGUCAUCGUAGUCAACGGAAUAGUACGACAAGUACUAGUGGUAGUCUUGUAAGUACACUGACAUCGACUUCAUUGAUUACUGGUAAUAAUGAAACUGUAAAUACUUUAAAUAUUAAAAAUACUCCUAAUAAUAAUAAUAAUGGUAGUCAUCAAGUUAUGCCAACGAAUUCAACGCAUCCACCUGGUGAACACUUGCUGUUACCAUCUGGUAUGAAACGUACCUAUUCGAAAACAGAAUGUAAUGGUCUGUUAAAUGUUAAAACAGACGAUCUUCUUUUAAAUAACAGAACGAAAUCGUUUCCUAUCGGUCUAUCGAAUGACGCCAAUGAUGACUACAAUGAUGAUGAUGAUAAUGAUGUUGACGAUGAGAAUGCAGAUAAUGAAGACGGUGAUUGUGAUAUCGACGAUGAGGAAGAGGAUUACGAUGAACUAAACGAGGAGAGUGAAGAGAUUAUCAAUGACCGAAAACAAGAAAGAGGCUCACUACCGGCACAUCAACAAUAUUAUCCUCUACAACAGCAUCCUAAUUCAGCAUCACCUGAGUUAAAAGCCUACCCAUUUAUGCGUCAUGAUAAUCUCCUUAAAACUGGAGUUAUCAAUGAAAAAUCCCCGAAUAGGUAUAAAUCGUCUCAGUUAUUUUUACUCAGUCCUUAUGAUAGUCGUGAGUCGACCAAGUAUAUUACAGAUAUUAUCUAUCCAGAAAAUAAUUACGAACAAUUUAGACAUUUCGCUAAUUAUCCAGAACAAUCUCCAUUGUUUCUACAGAAUCAACAAACACAACAACAAAUAGGUGCUUAUGCGGAUAAAAGUAAUUUUGACCAGUCACUGAAACUUAAUCCUACUACUACUAGCAGUAGUAGUGUGAAUUAUAUCAGCGGUAUGCCAGCGAAUACAUUCAGUUUGUGUAAUUCCAACUCCUGUCCCCCCUCCUCGUCCUCCUCCGCCUCCUCCGCAUCGUCAUCGUCUUCGUCAUCAUCAUCGGCAGCAGCAGCAACAGCAACAGCAGCAGGAUUAUACGGAAGGAACAGCGCACUGACAGAUUCCCUUGGUGUAAAUGAAAUGACGAAUCCAUCGCAUCAGUAUUUUUCAUCAGUUCCCGCCAAUCUCACGCUACCUUUAUCAACUACAUAUCAUCAUCACCAUCACCACGCUAUACAACAACAAACCCAUCAAAAUUCCCCAGUGAAUUUAAUGUCAGAAUUCUAUUUCCACGAGAAUGGCAUGCAUGAUCCCCAUCGAUAUGCCGUAACAAAUAAUUCAUCUAAAUGUACACAUAUUUCGAGUAUACUUAAUAACAACAAUCAUAACAAUAAUGAUACUACUAUUAAUCACGCUGUUAGUAGUAUUAACAAUGCGAAUAUUAUACCAACAGUUGAAAAUUGUGAUGUGAUGUCAUCAUUUAGUCAAACAUACAAUUUUAGACAACAGUUAAGCAAUAACAAUAAUAAUCAACCGUCUAUUAUAACAACAGAGACAAAAUUACCGCCACAACAAUAUGAUAACAGCUAUCAACAUUUAUCGAUUAAUACAAAUCAAUAUAACAUCCCAGUUGAUGAGAUAUCCCUUAUCAGCUCAAAUGUCCCCUAUAAUUCAUCUUCAUUUUUGGCGCCAUCCUUGUCAUGUUUAUCCCUAUCGACAUCAUCAUCAUCAUCCUCAUCAUGUAUUCCCAUGACACCGUCAAUAUCAGCAAGCACAAUAAACACAAUGCCUGGAAACUUUCCUUCACAUCAUUCACCGCUAACACAAAUGUCAACAACCGCGGCGCUUACAAAUUCUGCCUAUUCAUUAGCUAAACCAAUACACAACUUUCAAUCAGAAGUAUUAGAUUCAAAUAUAUGGAAUAAAAAUUAUUUACAUUUAAUAGAUUCGAAUGAUGAAAAGUCAUUGAAAUGUAUUGAAGAAGGUAAAGAAAUUGAAAGAAGAAUUGACAAUUUACCUGUUCAAUGUAUCAAUGGUGGUGAUAAGCGGAAAUUUAAACAAAAUAAUAAUAAUCGAGAACAGGAUGAAGGCGAAGAAGACGAAGAAGAAGGAGAUGCGGAGUUGGUAGGAGAUUAUGCUACUGCUAACAAUGUUGAUGUUGAUCACGAUGGAGUAUUAAACCGUAGUGAAGUGUCGAAUAAACCCUUUUCAAUUGAUCAUUUAAUGCAUUUUCAAAAUCCUGAUUUAGAUAUGACAAAUACAACAAAUACAUUAUUACAAUAUGCUACAAAAACUGAUAUUUCUGUAUUUGAAAAGCUAAGAUCUUCAACAUUUCGAUUGAAUGAUAUUAAUGAGAAUAAAUCGACAAUAUCUAUACAUGGUAGAUGAAUGAAGAAUUAUCACAAGAGAUGAUAAAUGGAUUCAUGGAAUCUGUUAGAGAGAGAAAAAGCCUUUGAACACAGCUCAAGAAUCUCAAGAAUCAGAUAAUCUCUGUUACAAAACACACCCACACACACAACAACAAUUAACUGAAAUGUCAACCAACAGCUUUUAUCGAUUUUUGAAUUCUUUCCUCUGGAAUCACAUGCGCGGUAGGGGAAAAUAUCCAGUAUCCAUCAUAAACAUUGGCAAAAUAAAACCGACAACACAAAAUUUCUAGAUUAUUUUGACCUGCUCAAUUAUAUAAUAAAAAUGACAAUAUUACUAUUAUUAUUAU